AUGAAGACAUUUGUUCAAGAUCACAAUCGUGAUUUGGCAUUGCCUGCUUUCACUAAUGUCAUGACAGCCCACCGCAACAUCAACGAAGGUAAUAAAGCCCACAUUCAUAGCAUGCAGGAUUCUAGACCAGUCAGAUCAUGGGGUUCUUUGCAUAUUUGUCCGUGGUUAUCGAAACUUUCACUUCAUAAAGAAGGACAUUUACAACUAUAUCGACGAUGUAUGUCGCUCUCGGAUCAUUCAGGGAGAUGCGGCAGCAGCAAUAAGUUAUCUGAAGAGGAAACUGAGGUGGAUCCAUUAGCUAUUGUGAUGUACACAUAUUGUCCCGAAAACCACCUUGGUCACCUGUUUUGGUCGCAGUAUGACUAUGAGUGCUUUAGUGAUUUGUUGGCCUUUGAUUCGACGUAUAGGAAGAAUCUAUACAACUUGCCUUUGGUAAUGUUUUCUGGAACUAAUCACCACCGACAGACAAUACUUUUUGGUUUCGAGUUGCUGGAGGACGAGAAAAUUCUAUCUUAUAAGUGGCUGCUAGACACUUUCCUGGAAGUAAUGCAUCAAAAACAGCCCAAAGUUGUGGUUACAGAUGGAGACGAGUCAAUGAAGGAGGCUAUUAGGGUAGAUUUUCCUAAUGCCACGCAUCGACUUUACGCCUGGCACCUAGCGUGGAAUGCUAUUUCGAACAUCAAGGAUAAUGAUUUUUGUGAUGCAUUUAAGACUGCUAUGUAUGGUCAUUUUGAGGUUGAGGAGAUCGACUAG